UGGUGGCUGCUGGGAGGAAGGGCCACGCCAGUGCGUUCUGGGGGUUUCUUUCCGGCUGGUCUGAAUCUUGGGAGGUUUGAGCGACACAAAGUAACCGAGAAAUGGCGAUGCAUAUUCCCAAAGCUCCGGGCUUUGCUCAGAUGCUAAAAGACGGUGCGAAGCACUUUUCAGGCUUGGAGGAGGCAGUUUACAGGAAUAUUCAAGCUUGCAAAGAGUUGGCUCAGACUACCCGUACAGCUUACGGCCCAAAUGGAAUGAAUAAAAUGGUCAUCAAUCAUGUGGAGAAACUUUUUGUUACCAAUGAUGCUGCUACUAUACUGCGAGAAUUGGAGGUUCAGCAUCCUGCUGCAAAGAUGUUGGUACUGGCUUCCCAUAUGCAGGAGCAAGAGGUUGGAGACGGAACAAAUUUUGUGCUAGUUUUUUCUGGUGCUCUACUAGACCUAGCUGAGGAACUUCUGCGAAUGGGUCUUUCAGUCUCUGAGGUAAUAGAAGGCUAUGAGGCAGCCUGCAAAAAGGCUCUAGAGAUCCUUCCAGACCUGAUCUGUUCCUCUGUCAAGAACCUGCGGGAUGUAGAAGAUGUAUUACCUGUCAUUCGAACUGCUGUGAUGAGCAAACAAUAUGGCAAUGCUGAUUUCCUAUGCAAGCUAAUUACACAAGCGUGUGUAUCUAUCUAUUCAGAAUCCGGACAUUUUAACGUGGACAAUAUUCGAGUCUGCAAAAUUCUGGGAUCUGGUGUGCUUUCUUCAUCAGUGCUUCAUGGAAUGGCUUUCAAACGAGAAACCGAGGGGGAUGUUACUUCUGUCAAAGAUGCAAAAAUAGCAAUAUAUUCUUGUCCUUUUGACUGCAUGGUAACAGAGACAAAGGGUACAGUUUUGUUAAAGAACGCAGAUGAUUUGAUGACUUUCAGCAAAGGAGAGGAGGAUCUCAUGGAGGUUCAAGUGAAGGCUAUAGCAGACUCUGGUGCUAAUCUAAUCAUAACUGGAGGGAAAGUAGCAGACAUGGCUUUGCACUAUGCUAACAAGUACCAGCUGAUGCUGGUUAGGUUGAACUCUAAAUGGGAUUUAAGAAGACUAUGCAAAACAGUAGGAGCUACAGCCCUUCCAAGAUUGACACCACCCACUCUGGAAGAAAUGGGGUACUGUGACAGUGUUUAUUUGUCAGAAGUUGGUGACACACAGGUGGUGAUAUUUAAGCAUGAGAAGGAAGAUGGUUCAGUUUCCACAGUUGUCAUCCGUGGUUCUACAGAUAACAUAAUGGAUGAUGUUGAGAGGGCAGUCGAUGAUGGUGUCAACACUUUUAAAGUUCUUACAAAGGAUAAACGCUGUUUACCAGGUGCAGGAGCAACUGAGAUUGAACUGGCUAAGCAAAUCACAACUUAUGGAGAGUCAUGUCCUGGUCUUGAACAAUAUGGCAUCAAGAAAUUUGCAGAAGCUUUUGAAAGUAUUCCACGAGCUUUGGCUGAGAACUCUGGUAUUCGGGCUAAUGAAAUCAUUUCAAAAUUGUAUGCAGUACAUCAGGAAGGAAACAGAAACAUUGGAUUUGAUAUUGAGGGUGAAGGUUCAGGCCUGAAGGACAUGCUUGAGGCUGGAAUACUAGACCCAUACUUGGUUAAGUACUGGGGAAUUAAGCUUGCUACAAAUGCUGCUGUAACUGUUCUGAGAGUAGACCAGAUAAUUAUGGCAAAACAGGCAGGUGGACCCAAACCUCCAGCACAAAAGAAAGACUGGGAUGAUGAUCAAAAUGACUGAACAGUUCUAACCACCUAGGAAUGAAUUUUUACCAAUUAAUGUGUACUGAGCAGAAGCCCUAUGUUGUAGUGCAGAUUGGAUCUGUUGAGUUUUGUUAUUUAUGCAGCUUGUUUACUUACGAGAUACAAAGUUGUGGCACUAUCUGAAGGGCCAGAAAAUACUGUUCUAAUAAAGACUUUGGACUACCAAAACAUGCUUGUCUUUAAAUUUGUAAGUGAUAUAAGGAUAACCAAUCCUAAAUGUCAGUGCUUUUUUUUCUGGGAUAAAGCCCUUAUGUAUUAAAAUGAAAUAUCUUCAAAAGUUAAGCAUAGGCUUAAAUUGCAUUUGUUUUCACGUGGUUAAUAUCAAAAGGUAUUCAAAGUAUUUAAGCAGUAAAA